AUUUCUGUCCUCUUAUCUGGCAACCCUGAACCUAGCCAGCCUCCAUCUCUGCUAGGGUCUCAUGCUAACUGUUGUUGGAGUAUCACUGUUUGUACAAAGACAUAAAAUACCCUUUGGUACAUGCACUGCGGUUCUGCUGAGACUCAGGGAUGUGAGUCGAAGCUAACGUGGUGAUUUGAAGCCACCAUGAAUGAGUGAUUUUACUUCCUACCUUUUACAAAUCUUCCUGUAAAUGCCCUGGACAAGAGUGGGGCAGUUUCCAGUGAUGUUCUCUGGAAUAAACCAGAAGAAGUCAAACUUUGUUUUGAUGAAAAGGACAAUCACGCUGCAGCAGAACAACCUAAAGCGCAACGAAACAGAACGACAGGAAACUUUUCCGCCAAAUUUGUCAAAUAGAUUUCACAAUUCAGAGCCAUCAAUGCCAGCACAUCAAGAAACACAGCAGAGCAGUGAAGCCUUUCAAAUGUUCCUAUUGUUGGUAGAGGUUUACCUUUAUAACCCUCUGAUUGUUCACCUGCGAAGCCACAGUAAAGGGAAGCCUUUCUUCUGCCUGUGUGUGGUAUGAACUUUUCUCUGAUGAGCCACGUAAAGUUGCAUAAAAAAAACCACACGCUAAAAAGAUGUCUGCCAUGACGAAUGUGCAAGAGGAAGAAGAUGCGGUUGGUGGUUUGAUCAACUCUGAUGGAAAAGAGUUAGAAUGGGAUCCUGGCCGCUCUAAUAGAAGAAGCCUGGACUCGUCUUGCUGCUGCCAUGUGUGUGGAAAGAAAUUCUUGAACACCAGAGCUCUACAGCGACACCAAAGGACCCACGCUGGAGCCAAACCUCAUAAAUGCUCCCAUUGUGGGACAGCAUUCAGUGUCCUGAACAGACUGAAGAGACACCAUUUAAUCCACACCAAAGAGAGAUCUGUCUCCAGUCCAGUGUGUGACACAAGAUUUUCUCGCAAGGACAGGCUGAAGGAACACCUCCGCAUACACGGAUGUUCAGCUAAAGCCAAGGAAGCUGCGGAAGCUUUGGGUGGAGUGGAGACUGCCGACGCUACCGUCAGCUCAGACACAUCGCGUUUGGAAAUCAAGUCUGCUGGAAAUAGGCCCCUGCAUCACCAUGGCAACCAAGAAAACCAUGCUGCAGACAACCACAGCCAAACAUCUGUGUGGAAUGGUGGUCAUUAUACAGCAUUCAUCCCGUUGGACCAAAACCCAAAUAUGUCUCACUGGAGCGCAGCAGAGGGCCACCGGGCUUAUGGUGCUCCAGGAGGAGCAAGCAUUCAUUUCAGUGCCUUGCUCAGGGGCACAGUGGAACAGGAGCACUUUAAAGAGAGCUGUCCAGCGGAGCAGCCCUCCUGGCCUUCUGGGACUUCCUCUGUAUCCCCCCCCUCUGAGCCCGGGCUCACCACACCCCUCCCACACAACACCACAUCGAAGAAAAUGCACCUGAGCGAGAUGGAUCCCGAGUUAAAUCACCAUGAAGAACACAGACCUGAAAUGCAGGACCAGGAUGACAGAACAGAACCUACAGAAGCUUUUAAAGGACCGGAACCUGAAAGCAGCUCCAAUGAACAGCCUCAGGAAAAGCCGUCUGAGGGGCCGAAACAAUGCCGGGGGCUUCGCAGACUCAAGAAGAACUACAACUGUCCGACCUGUGGGAGAGUUUUCUCUCACAACCCAGCUCUGCAACGACACCUUGUGAUCCACUCGGGGAAAAGACCUUUUAAGUGCUUUAUAUGUGGGAGAGGAUUCACGCAGAGCGGAAACCUCAAAACACACAUGAAAGUUCACAAAGGAGAGUUACCAAAUUGGACAUUAGUUCAAGAGAAGAGUCCACCUAAAGAAUCUCCUGUAACAGUUCAUGUGUGUGGAGAGUGUGGCAUGGACUUCUCUCAGAAACAACAGCUGGAGGCACACUGCCAGAGUCACAAAAGGCCUUACGCGUGUCCUGACUGUGGCAAGACAUUUAAAAACAAAUAUUAUUUUAAAAUACAUAAGCGCAUUCACUCAGGAGAUUCGCCUUUCCUCUGUUCAGAGUGCGGAAAGAGUUGUGUCACAGCAGAUUCGCUUAAAAAGCACGAGUUGACGCACACUGGAGAAAAGAAUUUCCACUGUGAUCAGUGCGGGAGGGCAUUUUCACAAUCCUCCCACCUCAACGUGCACCUCAAGACUCACACUGGAGAGCGGCCUUACCUCUGCUCAAUCUGCGGUAAAAGUUACUCCAAAGCAUCCCAUCUGAAAGUUCACCUGCGAGUUCACACCGGAGAUAAACCGUAUACUUGUGAGAAAUGUGGCAAGUGCUUCUAUUACUCUCAAGGUUAUCGAAAGCAUCUGAUGAUUCACGACAAGAAGCCAAAACCUCCAGCAAAACCCUUGGGGAGACCAAAACAGUAGUGGUAAAUAAUCAAUAAUGUCACCUGGUAAUUCACAAUAGUCUGAGAGGAUAUAAAAGAAAAAAGUAAAUAUAUCACAGAUUGCCCGUUAAUUACUGUGUUAAAUUGAGAGAUUGACUGAAGGGAUUGUUUAAGCAAUAUGAUAGUAAUGACGUGUAUAUGGUGUACUGUACAGUCCGCGCCAUUGUUAUGUACAAGUAGAAAAUAAAUCAUGACAUAGUGAAUCAUUAAUUGUA